CCUCGGCCCCCUGGACGGUUGGAGACUGGGGGCACAGGCACCAAUCUGGGGGGAAGGAAACCAGGGACGGUCCUGAAGGCUGCCCCGAGUGGUGGGGAUCCAGGCAAUGGUCCAACACAGAGCUGCGGAAGGAGAAGUCCCGCGAUGCGGCCCGGAGCCGCCGGAGCCAGGAGACGGAGGUGCUGUACCAGCUGGCCCACACGCUGCCCUUUGCCCGGGGGGUCAGCGCCCACCUGGACAAGGCCUCCAUCAUGCGGCUCACCAUCAGCUAUCUGCGGAUGCACCGCCUGUGCGCGGCAGGGGACUGGAGCGAGGUGUCCGCCGCCGGCGCGGGGUCUGGGGAGCCGCUGGACGCGUGCUACCUGAAGGCCCUGGACGGCUUCGUCAUGGUGCUGACGGCCGAGGGGGACAUGGCCUACCUGUCCGAGAACGUCAGCAAACACCUGGGCCUGAGCCAGCUAGAGCUGAUCGGACACAGCGUCUUCGAUUUUGUCCAUCCCUGUGACCAGGAGGAACUCCAAGACGUCCUCACCCCCCGGCAGGGCCUCUCCAAGAAGAAACUGGAAGCACCCACGGAGCGGAGUUUCUCCCUUCGGAUGAAGAGCACCCUCACCAGCCGCGGGCGGACCCUCAACCUCAAAGCUGCCACCUGGAAGGUUCUGCACUGUACAGGGCACAUGCGGGCCUACAGCCCACCUGCAGAGCCGUCUACGGGUGGGGGGCCUGGGCCAGAGCCACCCCUUCGUUGCCUGGUCCUGAUCUGUGAGGCCAUCCCACACCCCAGCAGCCUGGAGCCACCCCUGGGCCGAGGGGCCUUCCUCAGCCGGCACAGCUUGGACAUGAAGUUUACCUAUUGCGAUGAGAGGAUUUCAGAAGUAGCAGGAUACAGCCCGGAUGAUCUGAUUGGCUGCUCAGCCUAUGAGUACAUCCAUGCCCUGGACUCUGAUGCUGUCAGCAAGAGUAUCCAUACCU